AUGGUGCUUCCUCUGCCCUGGCUCUCUCGAUGCUGUUGCCGGGGCCUUCUGCCCUCCUGGCCCAUGGUUUCCCAGGUCUCCCGGUGGUACUGCUCCCAGAAUCCCACAGCAAGCCAGACCAGCUCCUCAGACAGCGGGAAGAUGAAGUCAAACCCCAAGGGUCCUGGGCCUCGCCGCAAAGCUGAAUUAGCCCAAGUUGAAGACCUGCUCGAGGAGCAGCUGGAGCUGUACGAGGCACUGCUGGAAGGGCAAGAGGGUGCCUGGGAGGCCCAGGCUCUAGUGCUCAAGAUCCAGAAGCUAAAGGAACAAAUGAGGAGACACCGAGAAAGCCUUGGGGAAGAUGCCUAA